UUGAGCCACUCCAGUGAGAAUCCCCCUACCCUCGAAGGCCGCCCUAACAACUUCCCAUCCGCUGACCCCUCCAACGCCAUCAAUCUCCAGCUGUGGUUGUUGAAUUCGGAGGAGCCUGGCUAAGGACACACUCGCCAGCCUGUGCUUUGCCACCUGAGCGCCGCUCCCUCUCAGGAUGAAGGUGACGGUGGGCCCAGACCCUUCCCUGGUCUACCGACCUGAUGUGGACCCAGAGGUGGCCAAAGACAAGGCCAGCUUCCGGAACUACACGUCAGGUCCCCUCCUGGACCGUGUCUUCACCACCUACAAGCUCAUGCACACGCACCAGACAGUGGACUUCGUCAGGAGCAAGCAUGCCCAGUUUGGGGGCUUCUCCUACAAGAAAAUGACAGUCAUGGAGGCCGUGGACCUGCUGGAUGGGCUGGUGGAUGAGUCGGACCCGGACGUAGAUUUCCCCAACUCCUUCCAUGCCUUCCAGACAGCGGAGGGCAUCCGGAAGGCCCACCCAGACAAGGACUGGUUCCACCUCGUCGGGCUCCUGCACGACCUGGGGAAGGUCCUGGCCCUGUUCGGGGAGCCCCAGUGGGCUGUCGUCGGCGACACCUUCCCCGUCGGAUGCCGUCCGCAGGCCUCCGUGGUUUUCUGCGACUCCACCUUCCAGGACAACCCUGACCUCCAGGAUCCUCGAUACAGCACAGAGCUCGGGAUGUAUCAGCCCCACUGCGGGCUCGACAGGGUCCUCAUGUCCUGGGGCCAUGAUGAGUACAUGUACCAGGUGAUGAAGUUUAACAAGUUCUCACUGCCCCCUGAGGCUUUCUACAUGAUCCGGUUCCACUCCUUCUACCCCUGGCACACGGGCCGCGACUACCAGCAGCUGUGCAGCCAGCAGGACCUGGCCAUGCUGCCCUGGGUACAGGAGUUCAACAAGUUCGACCUCUACACCAAGUGCCCGGACCUGCCGGACGUGGACAAGCUGCGGCCCUACUACCAGGGGCUCAUUGACAAGUACUGCCCUGGCAUCCUGAGCUGGUGACCCUCCUGCCACCCAAGCUGCUGCUGGACCCAGGCCUGGCCCUCCGCCUGCCUGGAGAGGCCUGGCCCUGGGCAAACAGCCGCCAUCAGGGUUCACCUCGGUGGGGGACCCCACUCACCCCCUUAGGGUCGCCACCCCUCACGGCAACUUGUGCCUGGCGUCAAUAAAGACCUGGAAGGAC